AUGUCCGAGGUUACCGAGACUGUUGCUGCUCAAGAACCAGAGGUUGUUCAACCAACCGAGGAGAAGCCAGCCGAGGAAUCCGCUGAAGCCGCUGAGGUCGUGGCCGAGAAAGCUGAAGAAGAAAGCGGUGAGAAAACUGAGGAGACUCCAGCUGGAGAGUCUGAUGCUGCCGAGGAGAAGAACGAGGAGGCUGAGGCUGAGGUUGCUGAGGAGGAGGAUAAGGCUGAGAACGGAGAAGCCAAGGACACCAAUGGCAAUGACCGUAAACGUGUGUCCAGCGCUCACGAGGAGGCUGCUGAAGCCGCCGACGAGGAUGCUCCAUCGACCAAGAAGAGCAAGGUCGACGAUGAGGUCGAAGUCGUUGCUUCUGGAGAAGCUCCAGCUGUUGCCGCUGAAUAG